UCAUACUCUACCAAACUGUUUCAAACUGAAGACGAAGACAACCAACUGGUUCGGUUUCGUCUCUCACUCCACCCUCCAUGUUUUCUCUCUCUACUUUCUCUCUCUAGAAGAGAGAAACCCGUUUCCUCCCUCCACCAUGCUACUACCUCCUCCCAAACCCAUCAACACCAUCACCAUCACCAUCAUGCUCGCCUUCACCUUCUUCCUCCUCUUCUUCUCCGGCUUCCUCCACUUCCCUUCCGUCUCCUCCCCUCUCCCACCCAUCAACCACUCCCUCACGCCGCCGGAAACCGGAGCAGCCGCCGCAGUACCGUUUACCGAUCUGGUGGCUGCGUUUAGGAAGUGGGACUCGAAAGUGGGUUGCGCUCGGUUCAGGGAGAAGCCAAAUGGGGUUUCCCUGAAUGGGUCGAAGGUUGUGUCGUUGCAAGAGAUUGGCGGUGAUUCGGCUUGUGGGGGGUUGACGAUGAAGCAUGUUAGCGUUUUGGUCAAAGGGUGGACUUGGAUUCCGGAUAAUUUGGAUAACUUGUACUCUUGCCGUUGUGGGUUGAGCUGUUUGUGGACCAAGUCGCCGGUUCUUGCAGAUAAGCCUGAUGCUUUGAUGUUUGAGUCGACAACGCCUCCGAUUCAGAGACGUGUGGGAGAACCGCUUCGUGCUUACAUGGAUCUUGAAGCGGGCCGAAAGAGAUCCGGUCUAGAGGAUAUAUAUAUUAGUUAUCAUGCUGAAGAUGAUGUACAGUCAACCUAUGCUGGUUCUCUGUUUCACAACGGUCGAAACUAUCACAUCUCCAAUACCAAAGACAGCGAUAUACUUGUUUAUUGGUCUUCAUCACGGUGUCUUCCUCAAAGGAAUGAACUUGCCAAGAAACUCCUUCGCUUGCUGCCACAUCAUUCAUUUGGCAAGUGCCUAAAUAAUGUUGGUGGUCUAGACAUGGCUCUUUCUCUUUAUCCUGAGUGUGCAACAGAUGCCAAUGCUAAACCAAAGUGGUGGGAUCAUUUGCAUUGUGCCAUGUCUCACUACAAGUUCGUUCUUGCGAUAGAGAACACUUUUACUGAGAGUUACGUGACGGAGAAGUUAUAUUAUGCCUUGGAUUCGGGUGCAAUUCCUAUCUAUUUUGGUGCACCAAACGUCAUGGAUUUUGUUCCUCCGCAUUCAAUCAUAGAUGGUACGAAAUUCAGGUCUUUGGAAGAACUGGCUUCACACGUGAAGGCCGUGGCUAAUGACCCAGUGGCAUAUGCAGAAUAUCAUGCUUGGAGAAGGUGUGGUGUACUUGGUAACUACGGAAAAACCAGAGCAAUGAGCCUUGACACAUUGCCAUGCCGGUUAUGUGAGGCUGUUAGCAGAAAAGGUGGAAGAAAUGCUAGGAGCUAGGUUGAGUUUUUCGUUGAAUUUAUAGCCCUGCUUGCUUUGCAGAGAGAUAAACAGAUUGCAUAUAGGGUGCAACUUGUAUAGAGGCACACUGAUUGUUCCACUGAGCUAAUUUGCUUUCGGUCAAGAAAGGAAACAAAAUCAGAGCUUAGCUCAUAUGAUUGAAAAGGUUAGGAUCAUUCCAUUUUUCUUUUUCUAAUUUUUUACCCUUUUUUUCUGAUAUAAAGUUUUUGAUUGUAUCUUCACUUACACUGUAGUUAAUUGUUGAUGAUGUAUAAUUUUUUAUAAAACACAGUGAAUAUGUCAACUUGCGAUGACUAUCCUCUCCCGCAUAA